UCAGACAUUUUGGUUUAUGACUUGAAAGGAUGAAGGAAAAAAAAAAUAAAAAUAAAAAUAAGAGAAUGGCAAAAAUAAAUGAACAACUGCGGAAGUUGAAAAAAAAAGUGUAUACACUAUUGCUUGCCAAUGAAAAUUAUAUCAGGAUUAUUUUAAAGCAUAAUCAAAAAUACAUUCCUACUAAAAGUAACUUUUCUAUACCAAAGAAUUCGAUUAGCUCUCCAAUUCUUACACUCAUUGAAUAAGGUCACCAAUACAUUCGUUUUUUUUUUGUCUUCACUCUAUUAUUCUUUUUUUUUUUU